AGGGUGACAGAGUGGCCACCUCGGUGGUCGAUUGAGCAGGUCUGAGAAUUGUUCCCAAAGGGCUGUGCGUCAUCGACUCGUCGGCGCUGUCAUGGCUGGUGUGCUGAAGAAGACCACUGGCCUUGUGGGAUUGGCUGUGUGCAAUACUCCUCACGAGAGGCUAAGAAUAUUGUACACAAAGAUUCUUGAUGUUCUUGAGGAAAUCCCUAAAAAUGCAGCAUAUAGAAAGUAUACAGAACAGAUUACAAAUGAGAAGCUGGCUAUGGUUAAAGCGGAACCAGAUGUUAAAAAAUUAGAAGACCAACUUCAAGGCGGUCAAUUAGAAGAGGUGAUUCUUCAGGCUGAACAUGAACUAAAUCUGGCAAGAAAAAUGAGGGAAUGGAAACUAUGGGAGCCAUUAGUGGAAGAGCCUCCUGCCGAUCAGUGGAAAUGGCCAAUAUAAUUAUUAAGUGACUUUGGUGUGUUAAUGGGAAACUGAUGUAAUUAAAUAUUCUGUUAUAUUAAGAGCGUGUUCUUAUUACUGACAUUUUGUAAUCAAGAAAAGUGAUAUAGAAAAUAUGUAGGAGACUGUUAAAAUUGGUGAUUAUGGUAAUAUGGUCAUGUGAAUCCAUUUUUUAUUUAUAAAGUAUUCACACAAGUUAUUUCAAAGAUGAUAUUUCUGUGAACAGAGAGGCCAUGGGAAGAUUUGAAAAUUAUUGAAGAAAAAUUCCUACAGAUCUUCAAUGCAGAGACCAUAAUCAAAAAGUAAAUUUUCUUUAGUAGUAUGUUCAAUACAUCAUUUAAUUUUUUAGUUAUCCUGAAGAAGAAAAGGUCCUUAAUUAUUAUAGUCUAAACAAAUUUAUAGAUUACUGUUUGAAGUAAAUAAUACGAGUGAAUAUUUUCAAGUGUGAUAAAAUAGCACAAGUGGCUGGUGAUAAAAUUUGAAAUUAUGGUUAACCUCAGCUGUGAUCUUAUGUAUGUAAAGUAAAAUUUAAAUAUAUAAUUAUAGGUUGAUUACAAAAUCCAUAGUGUCAUUUUAUUUUAGUCAUUAUUUGAAUUAUACCAUUUACUCUGUUUUCUUAUAGUCUUUAUUAUAUUUUGUUGUUACCGUAUAUAUUUGAAAACCUUCAAAUUAGAAUACCUUGUACAGUUAAAAGAAAGAUUUCCCAUUGCAUAGAGGUUAUUGGAGAAAUUUUCCUUUUGUUCCACUUGUGGAAGUUAGUUUUCUGGCCUGUGGCCUUUAAUUUUCUUACUCAACCUAAUUACAUCAGGAUAGAGGUAGAGUUUCUGUAAAAGAAGAGACAUUAAGAGUUCCUGAAAUUUAUAUCUGGCAUACGGAUAGGCUUAUAUUCAAAACAUCUUAGUCAUAUGACUAUAAAUUAAAAGUGGAAUCACUAAAUAGUUUGCAGUACGUUUCUAAUAUAAGUGUAGGUGGGUAUCAAAACAAGACAAAUGCUGUUCAGGGAAAGAAGUUGGCAAGCUUAAGGUUAAACAAAAGUAAAAUUACAUGUGUUUUCGCCUUUUCUUCCUAGCUCCCUGUCAUUUCUAAAUAAUUGGUUAAAUUUAACUUGGUAUCUCUUUCCUUCAUAGAUCGUACUGUACUCUAGUGGGGUUGUGUGUGUGUGUGUGUGUGUGUGUGUGUGUGUAUGUGCACACGUGCGUGUGCACAUUUGCUCAGAAUGAGAAAAAAAUGAUAUUUUUCCUUCUUUCCAUUGUAUUUCUCCCCUCAUAGAGCUGUAACAUUAAUACUAAAUAAAUAUUAAAUAAGGUGGAUUCUUAGAGGUUAGAGUGCAAGAAGGCUCCUUCUGGUGGGGAAGUGUUAGAGGGGGAGUUGGAAGCCCAGGGUUUCUCAUUCUCAUGGUUCUAGUAUUGUUAACUCAAUGACUACAUUGAGGCAAAUUUGGCAUGUUUCUCAGAAUGGCCUAUUUCCAAUGCUGUAAAAGAAAUGGAAUAUGAUUUAUAACAACA